CCCGCAGAACACACAUCAUGGCCCUAAGAAUGCAGUCCAUUUGUCAGAGGGUUGGCACUUGUUCCUCGUGUUUGAAUAGACAACUAAGUGGCUUCCUGGGAGUAGUUAAAUGGGAGACACGUCUGGUUCCUGCAUCCAUCAGAACAAUCUACAGUGAGACAGGGAAAUGGGAAAAAAAAUACGGGUUGGAGACGAGGAAAAGAGUUGAAAAUUGGUGGUUCCCAAGAAUAAAAGAUCAGUUCUGCAAAAUUUCCGAAAUUGAUAAAUCAAGACCAAAAUUUUACGUGCUUUCUAUGUUCCCCUAUCCUUCUGGAAAGCUUCACAUGGGCCAUGUUCGUGUCUACACCAUCAGUGAUGUGGUAGCUCGGUUUCAGAAAAUGAGAGGAAUGCAGGUGAUAAAUCCGAUGGGAUGGGAUGCGUUUGGAUUACCAGCAGAAAAUGCUGCAGUUGAGCAUGGACUACACCCUGCAAGCUGGACACAGAGUAAUAUUGAACACAUGAGGAAACAGUUUGAUGCACUAGGUCUGUCUUUUACAUGGGAAAGGGAAGUGACCACUUGCUUACCAGAGUACUAUAAAUGGACACAGUACCUCUUUCUUAAGCUUUUUGAAGCUGGGUUAGCUUACCAAAAGGAGGCAUUGGUUAACUGGGAUCCAGUGGAUCAGACCGUUCUAGCUAAUGAACAGGUGGAUGACAAAGGUUGCUCAUGGCGUUCAGGAGCAAAAGUGGAACAGAAGUACCUCAAGCAGUGGUUUAUCAAAACUACUGCCUAUGCAAAGGCUAUGUUUGAUGCUUUGUCUGACCUCCCUGAGUGGUAUGGUAUAAAAGAAAUGCAAGCAAAUUGGAUAGGCGACUGUUCUGGGUGCUUCCUCGACUUCCUGCUAAAGGUUAAUGGUAAAAUAACAGGAGAGAAGAUAGCAGCCUACACCUACACGCCUGAAGCCAUUUAUGGAGCUUCCCAUUUAUAUAUCUUACCAGAUCACAGACUGCUGCAUGGGAAUAGCAGCCUAAAGGAAGUCUUUCAGAGGGAGUUCAUCCAAGGGAAAGAUUGCCUUACUUCAGUGACAGCUGUGAAUUUGCUUACCAAUCAGGAGAUUCCUGUCGUCAUCUCAGCAAAACCAGAUUUUGAGAGUUUCAUCGAUACUAAAAUAGGAAUUCCUAGUACUAGUACAGAAGAUGCUGCAGUAGCUAAGAAUCUGGGUAUUUCUUUCACCAAAGUGAUUGAGACAUUGCCAAAUGGCUUGGAAAAAGUCAUUAAUUCUGGUGAGUUCACAGGCAUGACUCGACAGGAGGCUUUAAAAGCUCUUACGCAGCAGGCCAAAAGUAAAGGACUAGGUGGAGAUCUAACGAGUGACAAAUUAAGAGACUGGCUGAUAUCUCGACAGCGGUACUGGGGAACACCAAUUCCUGUCAUUCACUGCCAGGCAUGUGGCACUGUCCCUGUGCCUUAUGAGGACUUACCUGUGGUAUUACCCAAGGUAACCACCUUUACAGGAAAAGGAGCCUCACCUUUAGAAAAUGUUCCGGAGUGGGUGAACUGUUCCUGUCCAAGGUGCAAGGCAGCUGCAAGGCGAGAAACUGAUACCAUGGAUACAUUUGUUGACUCUGCUUGGUAUUACCUGAGAUACACUGACCCUCUCAAUGCUGAGCGGCCCUUUAACAAAGACUUGGCUGACUAUUGGAUGCCUGUGGAUUUGUACAUCGGAGGAAAGGAGCAUGCAGUUAUGCACUUAUUUUAUGCUAGAUUUCUCAGUCAUUUUUGCCAUGAUCUGAAGAUGGCCAAACACAAGGAACCUUUCCAUAAGCUGUUGGUUCAAGGUAUUAUCAAGAAUCAGACCUUCAGAUUACCAGCAACAGGCCAGUAUCUGAAGAGGGAGGAGAUUGAUCUCACUGGGGCUGAACCUGUUCAUCUAAAAACUGGUGGUAAAAUUGAAGUCACUUGGGAAAAAAUGAGCAAAUCUAAGCACAAUGGCAUAGACCCUGGGGAACUGAAGGAGGAGUAUGGCAUCGACACCAUGCGUCUUUACAUUCUGUUUGCAGCUCCUCCAGAACAAGAUAUUUUGUGGGACGUUAAAACUGAUGCAAUGCCGGGUGUUCAGAGAUGGCAGGCUCGUCUCUGGGCCCUAGUAACCAAGCUCAGGGAAGCGAGGAUGUCGGGAACCCUGCCCAAUCCUGAGCUGCUGAGUACAAAACAGAAGGCUGAAGCCAGAAAGAUCUGGGAGCAGAAGAAUCUGGUGAUUUCUGAGGUCACAGAGUGUUUCACAAAGGAUCAUCUGCUCAAUGCAGCUAUUUCUCGGCUGAUGAGCCUCAGUAACGUGCUCCAUCAAGCUUCUCAGCCUCUAAUUCUCCACAGUGCAGAAUUUGAAGAUGCUUUGGCUACACUUUGCAUUAUGGUUGCACCUAUGGCUCCACACAUUGCAUCAGAAAUGUGGAAAGGUUUGGCGGACAUGCAGAAUAAACUUUGUGCUCAUCAUAACUGGGAUGCUGACGUGCUGCAUCAGUCCUGGCCCCAGAUGGACCCAGAUUACCUUCGGCCAUCAGAUGUUAUAGAGAUGUCUGUUCUGAUCAAUAACAAAGCUUGUGGCAAAGUCAGUGUGCCUCAGCAAGCAGCCUGCAGUUUUGAAGAAGUCCGUGAACUAGUUCUUCAAAGUGAACUUGGAAUCAGGCAUCUCCAGGGACGAACCAUUAAAAAGGCUUUUCUGUCUCCAAGAACUGCCCUGAUCAACUUCCUAGUGCAAGAAUAAUUAAGGCACUGCUGGGCUAUGAAAGGGGACUGGACUCCUUCAAGAGGAAACUAAUUCAAAAAUAUGAAUGAUGGUUAUUUAAAUCUCAUA